ACCACACGCUGCAGACGAUGACUUUAGCACGGAAAGGAACCAGGUUUCGUCAACCGAACCACGUGAUUCGCAUCAGAAAUCACGUGGAAACAUCUUCCCCACGUCGAACCACCAUCCGCGGGAUCGGCGGCGCGUCUCCAAACGAUCUAAUUCGGGGUCAGUUCACGAUUCGCGUUCGUUUGUGUAGGUUGUUGUUGGUCGUUUUUUCUUCAGGAUUGGUCAAUCGUCAAAUCGAUCUCGUGCCAUCUGUCGUUACAUUACCGAGUGCGGUAAUGCGCUUAUCAAGCGGUUUCCUGUGUCCGCGCGAUCGCCAAAGCCCUUGUUGACCUCUCGCGUAGUCUGUGGCGACCUUCGUUUGAACCUCGACUCCUGGGUGGAAUCCGUUCCGGCUGGCAAUCCGAACAAUUUUCUAUCCGAUCUCUUCCCGACGUUGUUGUACACAUAGCGAGAGACUGCAGUCUUGACAAAACAAAAUGUCAAGAGAACGGGCUUCCAGAAGAUUUUAUCGAGUAGAUAGCACCAAUGAUCUGUUUGAAUUCAUGGACCGUGGCUACACAGCCCAACACGAAAAUCGAUGGAACUUCGAAGUUGCUUGGGAAGUCGCCAACAAAGUUGGCGGCAUUUACACUGUAAUAAGAUCCAAAGCCUACGUCUCAACCGAAGAAAUGGGUGAUCAGUACUGUCUAAUCGGUCCUUACAAAGAACAUUCGGCGCGCACUGAAAUUGAAGAGGCCGAUUUUCCGCCUCACAAUCCUUUGUAUCAAGCUGUACAAGUCUUGCGCGAUCAAGGAUAUAAAGUGGUGACGGGAACGUGGUUGGUGGACGGGAAUCCCCAAAUAAUUUUGUUCGAUAUCGGAAGCGCGGCCUGGAAACUGGACGAGUACAAACAGGAAUUGUGGAACACUUGCCAUCUCGGAAUACCUCAUCUGGACAUCGAAGCCAACGAUGCCGUGAUACUCGGAUAUUUAGUCUGUCAAUUUAUUACCGAAUUUAGAAAAGCAGCUGAGAACUACUCGAGCGUGCCGCCGAGAGUGGUCGUGCACUGUCACGAGUGGCACGCGGGUGUUGGAUUGAUCGCUUUGAGAACUAGACACGUGGACGUAGCCACAGUAUUCACCACCCACGCUACUCUACUGGGUCGAUAUCUUUGCGCGGGAAAGAUUGAUUUUUACAACAAUCUGGAUAAGUUUAGCAUCGACGAAGAAGCGGGAAAGCGUCAGAUAUAUCACAGAUAUUGCAUGGAACGCGCGGCCACGCACGUGGCGCACAUAUUCACUACGGUCUCGGACAUAACCGGUUUCGAGGCCGAGCAUCUGCUCAAACGCAAACCCGACAUCAUCACGCCGAACGGAUUGAACGUGAAGAAGUUCGCGGCGUUGCACGAGUUUCAGAAUCUACACGCGAUCAGCAAGGAAAAGAUACACGAGUUCGUGCGGGGUCACUUUUACGGACAUUACGAUUUCGAUCUGGACAAAACACUGUAUUUCUUUAUCGCUGGCCGAUACGAAUUCGGGAACAAGGGCGCUGACAUCUUCAUCGAGGCUCUGGCCAGAUUGAAUCACUAUCUGAAAACGUCCAGACCCGAUCUGACGGUGGUCGCGUUUCUCAUCUUUCCCGCGAAAACCAACAACUUCAACGUCGAGUCUCUUCGUGGUCACGCCGUAACAAAAUCCUUGCGAGACACCAUCAAUGACAUUCAGCAGAAGAUAGGAAAGCGGAUGUACGAAUUGUGUCUGUCCGGUCGUAUGCCCGAUGCGCAGGAUUUGUUGCAGAAAGAGGAUACCAUUAAAAUAAAACGAUGUUUGUACGCUCUCCAAAGAAACGGACUGCCUCCCGUUACGACGCACAACGUCGUCGACGAUUGGAACGACCCGGUGUUGAACGCCAUCAGAAGAUGCAAUCUCUUCAACACCGUUAACGAUCGCGUCAAGAUGGUGUUUCAUCCCGAGUUUCUGUCCUCGACCAAUCCGCUGUUCGGUCUCGAUUACGAGGAAUUCGUCAGAGGAUGUCACCUGGGCGUUUUCCCGUCCUAUUACGAGCCGUGGGGAUACACACCGGCCGAGUGCACCGUAAUGGGCAUUCCCAGCAUAACCACCAACUUGUCGGGAUUCGGAUGCUUCAUGCAGGAACACAUAGCGGAUCCGAUGAGCUACGGCAUCUACAUCGUCGACCGACGUUACAUCGGUCUCGAGGCCAGUGUCCAACAGCUCGCCCAGUACAUGUUCGAUUUCGCGCGACUAAGUCGUCGUCAACGUAUCAUACAGAGAAAUCGCACGGAACGUCUCAGCGAUCUUCUCGACUGGCGAAAUCUCGGCAUUUACUAUCGGCAGGCUAGAAUAAAAGCGUUGACGACCGUGUACCCGGAACUGGCGUCGGAAUACGCCGAAGGCGGAAUCGGUCGGUUCAAUUAUCCCAGACCCAUCAGCGAGCCGCCGUCUCCGUCGUCCUCGCGACACACAACACCGGCCGCGUCUUUGCACGGCUCGGACGACGAGGAUGAGGUCGACGACGAAAAGGAACUAGAGGAAUUGCGCCAGACGAACGGGAGAUAAGUGUGCGUGCGAGGAGAGCGCGCGACGGGAGGAUUGCAGAAAGCAAUUUACAUACGUGCAAUAAAAGACUACAGGUAAUUCACGCGUGUGAACAACAAAAAAACAGUGCCAAAAAAAAAAAAACAAAAACAAAAAAGUUUGCGUUGCAAUUUCUUUCUCUUCGAACAAGCUCUCGUCUCGGCUGUGUCACAUCGCGUUCCGAUUACACGCAACAUCGCCGGUCGGGUAAUUGAAAGUUAUCUAUGGAACACGUGACUUUUUUUUUUGUGGCAAAUAGCGACCGUAUAUCGGCGAUGAUUUGUAUAUUAUCCGAACGCGGUUGUCCGCCAACCGAUACACCGAGCCACUGCCGUGCUCCGCAAACGAAACCAAAACUUAACGACUCCGCAAAAUGUUCAAAACCACAAUCUCCUCUUGGUCGAUUGUUUCUCAUCAUAUGUACACAAAUUUUUUUAUUUUGUUAUAAAUUCAAUUUAUUCAAUUAAUAUCUAAAUUUCUCAAUUCGUCUCGCACGUGGUGUAUCGUAUAUUGUAAAAUAAUUGUAAAAAAUCAUCUUCCUUCUCAAAUUUGAAUCGUCGCGAUCGAACAUCUCCGAAUGUCAAAAACAAAAUUUUUGCGCAAUCGGGAUAUUAUAUUAUUAUACACGCGUCCGCACACAGUGUGUCUCUGUAUUUUUGCGACAGCACGGUAAUAUACAUAAACUACUUCGUACAUAUGUAAUUUAUUUAUAAAAGACGAUCGUGUUGUGUAUAAUUUUUAUAUUUGAUAAUUGGCACUUCGAACAAUUCUUUCUUUCGCGCGCGUGUGCGCACGAUUGUGCGUUUAGUCGUCGCGCGUGUUCCUUCGCAUUUCUCAGUUUUCACAUUUCACAACGAAGUUUGUUUGUAUAAUUUUGUAAUGUUGCAAAGAUACGUGGGAAGUAUGACGGAAACUGCUACAGAGUCAAUGAAAAACAAAUUCAACGGUAAUAGUUAAGAUUUGUUUUUUGUUUUUUUACUUCAUGCGAAUUGAAAUAUUAACACAAUUAUACAAAACGAGAGAGAGAGAGAGAGAGAAAGUGACUAAGGUGUACAUAUACUCUCUUCGCGAGUAUCUGGCAGUUUUAGUACCAAGAAAAAACAAAAAAAGAAUUAUCUUAUCGGAUAUAUCUUAUCAAGAUUUAAAUAAAUAUUUACACUGAUUUACACACAUUGGAAAAAACGAGAGUAACGUAUAUAAUAUAUAAUAGUAAUAAUUAAUUAAUUCGUACAACAAUAUAUAACCACAGCUUGCGUCGCACAACAACAACAUACAAAAGUCGCGAUUUUGAGAACAAUCCGAAAAAAAAAAAACUAUUUUUCUAUUAUAUAAAAUAUAAAAUCGUCAAUAAUAUAUCACGAUAAUAAAAAGAGAGUGUCGUAAUUUGGAAUGGAUCUCCUUUAUUUGCGUUGAGACUUAAAAAAAAUUUUAAAAAAAAUUUUUUUUCGCCGUAUCGCAUCCUUCGCAUCACGUCGUUCAUUCAUUCAUGCUCUUUUACCCAGCUAAACAAGUGUGUGUGUCGAGAUAUAUAUACCAGAUACAAAAUUAUUCUUAUCCUAUCUACGGUAUGUGGAUUAUAAUAUCGUGUGUCGGAAAUCAAAAAUUUUGUUAAUUGCAAUAUUCUUGUUCGGAAACUUUCGGAAAAAGUACGAUCGAACGCGUUGUCGCAUAAAGUAAAAGCGUAAACAUAAUACCACAAAUAUGCUGGACAGAAUGCGUGCGGAGUUUCACAAUUGUGUCGUGUGUUGGAAAAAUCAAACGAAGACGACACGCAAAAAUAAUAUAUUAUCGCGCGCUCACAGAUUCACAGAGAUUUUUUAAAUAAAACAAUAAAUUCGAUUUUAUCGAGCGAAGAAAAGAAAAGAAAAUUAGAAGAGAGAGAGAGAGAGAAAAAACUUAUUCGCGCACACAUGUGAAAAGAUGUAGACGUGUGUUAAACGUUCAAUGUGACGAACAAACGAUAUAUAGUAUAUAUAUAUAUAUAUAUAAAUUUUCUUUUUAAGCAAUAAAUUAAUUGCGCAAGCAAUAAGUACUGUUGAUAAUAAUAUUUUAAACCUAAAUGGCACUAUUUACGCAUCGAACGAACGUGAAUCGUGUUUUCGGAGAACACUCAAGGAAUUACUGGGUGGACUACGUUAAAACGAGAGAGAGAGAGAGAGAAAGAGAGAGAGAGAAAAAUUAAAUGUAAGGAGCGUUAACUAUCGUUAGCAAUACGUAUUUUUUUUUUUUUUAAUACUUUGAUUAUCUAUAUAUAGUACAAUACAUUCUUUUUUUUUUUUUUUUUAUUUUAUAGCGAGAUAGUACCUAUUAAAAUUGAGCAGAGAACAAUUAAGCUUCGAAACGACCAUGAUUUUUCAUAGAACUCCAUUGUAUGCGUGUGUAUGUGUGUGUGUUACUUUUUUUUCUCUUAAUAAUACGGUUCAUAUAAAAAAAUAUACAACGAAUGUGUCUAUUGUUUUUGACAAAACAGCGCACCAAUGCACGGACGCGUUGUGAACUUUCAAAAUCAAUACAGUCUGUUGUUUAAAAACCAAAAAAAAAAUAAAAAAUAAAAAAAAUAAUAAUUUAUAAAUAUUUUUCUCGAUAAAAUUGUUUAUUUAUAAUAUUUUUUCGAAAUGAGCCCGCGACACAGAGCGCAUCUCUUUCCGCGCGAUCUCCGGAUUGCGCGCGCGAGCGCAACGACGAUUUGGACAAUUGUCCGAGAUUUCCAAAUUGCGAUCGUCAAAAAAAAAUUAUUCCCGCGCGCAAUCCAGCGCGCGAGGAAAGUGUCGUCGCCGCCGCCGCCGCCGCAGGCUCGAGUCUGAUUUGAAAAUAAAUUAAUUUUAAAUAUCAGAGCUCUUUCUCAGAAGAACAAAAGUUUAAUUCCCAUUAAAAAAAAACGGAGGACUCACACUGAUGACGAUUCAAGGACAGAUAAAAAUUACUUUCACCGACGAAACUUCAAUUGCCGACGGAGAGAACUUGUGUGUUCGUUUAAUACAAAAAAAAAAAAAAAAAAAAAAAAAAAAAAAA